AUGGCUCCAGCAUUUUGCGAUGCUCUUAGCACGGCGUUGCAUGCGUCGUUGGAGCUAUCAGCACUUGUUUCACUACUGGCCGGUGUCACUUCCCACCAUCUAAUCUUUCGGCCCUUUGAGAUUGAUGGCCAUGCCUGGCAGAUCCUUUUCAUCUUUCUUGGUUCAGUGUUCAUCUUGAUCACAGCCUAUAUACAAGUAGCUGGCUAUGGUGUUAUGCUGGCUCUGUGUCGUGCGUCGCUUAUCGCAGCUACCUACAGCGCUGGCGCCACGAUUAGCAUCCUCAUGUAUAGAGCAUUCUUUCACCCACUCAAUCGCUUUCCAGGCCCAUUCUUGGCUAAAAUUUCCCGAUUUUACGCCAUGAAAAAUGCUGCCAAGAACAUUAAAGCUUUUGAAGAUAUUCAAAGUCUCCACAAAGAAUACGGAGAUAUAGUUCGAGUUGGCCCGCGUGAGCUCUCCAUCAAUCGCCCCUCCGCCAUCAGUGUUAUAUACGAACCUCCUACACGAACAACAAGAUCGCCAUGGUAUGCACAGGUGUCAAAUGAUGUGACCAAAAUUUCCCUAAAUUCCACUCGAGUUCUUAAAGUACAUAAGCUUCGCAAGAAGGUCUGGGAAAGAGGUCUUGGUUUCCGAGCUCUGGCUGUUUAUGCGCCGCGAAUAAAGGCUAAAGUAGAUCUUCUGCUAUCAAAAAUCGCUAAGCAUCAUGGCCACCCCAUUGACAUGACGGCAUACGCUAUGUUUUUUGGCUUUGAUGUGAUGGGCGAUAUCGGAUUUUCCAAAGAUUUCCAUAUGCUGGAGCUGGAAAGCGAGCAUCUCGCCAUCAAAGGCGUUCACGAGAGCAUGCUGGCUAUUGGUGUUCUAGGCACAGUACCGUGGCUCUUGUCCAUGAUAUCUAAGGUGCCUGGUGCAGCAGCAAGCUUUUCUCGAUUUACCACAUGGUGCCAUCGGGAACUUCAAAAAAAGCGUGAGAUUAUGGCUAGUGAAGUCGCUGUGUUAAAGGAUCAAGACCCACGAGAUAUAAUAUCCUGGCUGCUGAAAGCCCGCAACGAAGGGGAUCCUUCUGCCCCACCUGGUGAAAUAGCAAUUCAAGAAGAUGCUCGCCUCUUGAUUAUAGCUGGAAGUGACACAACUAGCGCCGCUCUUUCAAAUGCACUCUAUUAUCUCGCUGGUAACCCAAAUUGCUAUCAGCGUCUUCAAGCAGCGAUUCGAGAAGAAUUCCCUGGAGGCAUAAACGACUGGACAUAUGAGAAAAAUGUCCCAUAUCUGGACUGCGUGAUCCAGGAGACAUUACGCCUAAAACCAUCCGUCCCAGGCGGCUUGCCUCGUGUCACGCCGCAACAAGGCCUUAUGAUUGGCGACGACUUCAUCCCUGGAGGUACAGUUAUCGCCGUCCCAACAUACACAGUACAACGGGACGCACGUUUUUGGUUAGACGCAGAUGCUUUCAAGCCCGAGAGAUGGGAGAACCUGUCCACGGAAAAAUCUCCUUGGAUUCCAUUUACACGAGGCCAAUGGGCAUGCCCUGGUAGAAAUCUAGCUAUGAUGGAGCUUCGCAUGGCCCUUAGCAACAUUGCACUCCGUUAUAGUGUGUCAUUUGCUCAUGCAGAUGCUGGCAAAAGCUUUGACAGUGGAGUUAUGGAUACCUUUACGUUGACACUUCCGCCGUUGCACCUUGUAUUUACGCCUUUGUAG